AUGCUCAGCUACCUUACCUUACAAAUAGAGUGCAAUGAGUACAGUGAUCUAUGCUGUAAAAUUCCUCAGUUUCAGCAACAACAUUAAGCCAGCAUGUGCUUCUUGUACAGUGACAGGUGUAGAAGUGGAAAAGACUGUGAUGUCGUCAUCUUUUAUCUGGCUGCUUAUCUCGACAGAUUUCCUACCGGAGACACUGUAUCUUUUUUUAUGAUAGGUUACUGUAAAAUGACAAUUAAUAAUACAGAACAGUACUCAAGUGUCCUACCGAGGCAUUUAUUAGAGAGAAUGUACAAUCAGGUCAAAAGAGGUAUUUGGUUGUAGGCAUUUGAAGCAUAAAUAAGGCGCAUGCCACCAAGGCAUAAAAGUGGCGGCCAAACAAGAAGAGUUUGGCCACACAAGAUUCACUGCUGUACCAAUAGGGUCGAAACCUAGGAGAAGAUGCCUCUUCUAAAACGGGUGGUGUCACCCGUGCAUGUGUCACGGGUGCCACUUGUGGAGGAAUGGGUCACAGAUGAAAAUGGCCGAGUAUAUCCUGCACUUCUGCCAGCUACUUACCAACCACAAGACCUAGAGGCAUUUACCAACCUCACGCUUGCUAAUUUAAUUACUCAAUUAUCAUCGCUUUCUCGGCAUGCUGAAGAUUUGUUUGGUGAAAUGAUUGCUGAAUCGACAUUAAUCUUGAAUCGUGCUGUAUCAUUACAAGGCAGAGUUGACAAACUAUCGGUAAAAGUCAAGAAUUUAGAUAGCAAUGUAGAAGAAGUGUCAUUACAAGAUAUUCAUAUGCGGAAAGCCUUCAAGUCCUCGACAUUGUUCGACCAACAAGUGGUAUCUCGGGAUACAAUCUCUGCUCCAAUGCUAGAAACCUAUCAGACUUGUGAGCAGCCGCCUCCUCUGCAUCAGCUUAAUCCUUACAGGGAUGAUGGGAAGGAUGGCCUCAAGUUCUACACUGAUCCUUCAUAUUUCUUUAAUCUUUGGCGGGAGGAAAUGACCCAGGAGACAGAGCGACUAAAACUUGACAAGAAGCAAAAGCAUGCACAUGGAGGGGAGCAUCGGAACGAGCCAAGUAAGCCCAAAGGUGACGGGAGGAACAAGAGUAAAAAGGUGCCAAGAAUGACUUCCAACACCCGAGAACGACAAAUAAAGCUGGCUAUCGCACAGGGAGAGUAUAUUGCUCCACAGCCUCAAUAUAGAACACCAAUGAACCAACUUAAUGAGGGGAUUUAUGAUGAUUCGGUUGGAAUAAAUGCUGUUGAUGGACGGCCACUACGGCCUAAUAGCAUAGAACUUCGUGGUCACUACGGCAGUGUGCAACCUGGGGAACUAAUGUAUGGCACAAAUUCCCAUCCACACGCUUAUUCUCCAUCACACGAGAUGAAUCAGGCUGUGCCUGGGUCGGACCACCAAGGUUAUCCACCUCCCUAUCAAGACCAGUACUCAGGAUACCCCCCACCUCCUUACACUCCUGAUGGGGCAGUAUCACAGGGUAGUACUCCUAGUCGUAGUUCAGGUCAGCGUGCUCCAUCUAAUCGGCCUAUGCAGCCUCCUCCAGAUCCGCCUAGUAACAGCAAUACACCAACCCCACCAGGUGGCUCCCAUAGUGGUACUCCAACUCGUUUACGUGGGCCUUCCCAGGGACGCGAAUCUCUACCUCCACCACCACCACCACCUGCUGAUCGACAGCAACAGGUUAUAGUGGAUGGAAUCCCGCAAGGCGCAUCAAUGUCCCCUUUACCCGGGCGACAUGCACACCCACCCUACCACCACGAGCAGGACCUUCCUCCACCACCACCCACACCAGACAAGACAGGAGAGCCUGAUCCACCACCUCCAUCACCACCACCCCCACCCCCAGUAGCUCCUAUACAGCCACCAGGACAAAUCGUUGGAGGUCCACCACCUCCCUCGCCCCCACCACUGGUCCCUAAUGGCAAUGCACCUGGAGCACCUCCACCACCACCCAUGCCACCACUGAUGAUAAAUGGGGUUAUAAAGCAGCAGCAAACUGUUCUAGCAAAGCCCAAGAAAGUGGAGAAGAAAGCACUUCCACCGGUUGAAGUUGACGGCCGUAGUGAAUUGCUCAAAGCCAUUAGAGAAGGUAUUCAGCUGCGUCCAAGGGUGGAUGACGUUAAGACAAAACCGAAGGAAGACCCAGACAGUAUUGAUGUUGCAUCCAUCCUACAGAGAAGAUUUGCCUUUGAAGUUAGUGAUAGUGAAUCUUCUUCUGAUAGCGAGUCUGAUAGUGAUGAAUGGGAUGAAACUAGUGCAUAAAACUGUAAAAAAACAAAACAAUUUCCAGCUUCAUUAUGCGGGCUUUUUUUUUUUUUUUAAGCGGUUACGAACAAGAUGAGAGUAUUGAGUAUAUUCCCGUAUGCUAGGACUAAAAGUAGUAGCACUCUACUGGAGGAUCUAUUGAGACUAAAUGCUUAUUAGUCAGUACAAGUCAUGAUUAGACUCAGUAUGAAUCCUUUUUAUUUUAUUAUGAAAUGCUAUGGUAGCAGGUGAAACACUUGAUUGUGUGUGUUUUGUUUAUCCCAAGUGAAACAAAAAGACAAUAUGGACCAAAUCAUUGUUUUUAUUUUGUGCUGUAGUCAUAUUGGAAGAAAUAAUUCUAUGCGACAGAGUUUAUAUGGAAUCAGUACUUUUUUUUAUUUAUUUUUUAUUUUAUUUUUUUUGGGUGUAACUUUACAUGGCAUGUAGUUGGUGAUAUGUGGCGAGCUUUUAUAAAAAGUUGGCAUGUGCUUGACUUGCUGAAAAAUGUGUACACCUUUGUGGCCAUGUAAUUAUUAUUAGUAUGGUUUUCAACAUCUGUAUGAUUUCCAAUUUUGUUUUCCUCAGCAGGUUUACAUUGGAAAAUCUGGAAGCUACAUUGUUAUGGAAAGUUGUCAUUUCUUAAUACGCAGAGUUUGUAAAAUAGUUCCUUUCUUGUAUAUGCUUCAUUUAUGUGAUAUCCUGUUACCCUACUCUUGUCAAUACAGACAUGAUUAACUGUUAUGUAUAAAUUUCUGGGUUAUGUUAAGUUUUAUUUCCAAAGAUGAAGCCCUUUUUAUUAUUAAUAUAUAUAUAUAUAGAAUUUUCUCUUUGCUGGUGACUGUCCCAUUAUUAUUUUGUUGUGACAUUUGGCCAUCUACAUUAAUAACUCAUAUGUGAUAUUAAGUAAAACCUCAGACUAGCGUGAAUGAAGUUACACAGUAUUUUGGGAACUGUGAACUGUGUAUUAUGGAGCUGCUUAUGUAUGCAGGAAUUAAAUAAUAAAUCAUUAAUUUUGCUUGCUGUAGACAUAGCCAAUUAAAGUACAUUACUUUCUGCCAUUGUAUGAUGUAUUUAUGUUGAAACAAAUAAGUGUACUGGUAUUUUUCGCUUUCUGAAGACUUCACACCUGAUGUUAGAAUAAAUCUAGUAAUAUGUCAGAUAAUUGAAACUAAAAUACUGAAACACUGUGGUACACUAUUCACAGCUAAUUUCAAAGAUAUAUUUUUUUUUAUAAAUAUUGUAAGAAUGGAUUGCUCCGACUAAAGACCAUGGAAUUACAUUCGGUAUUGCACUUUUCUAUAAGAAUAGAUUAUAACAAUUCUUUCUAUCCAGGAAGACAUUACAUUUAAGCUGAUCAUCCAUUGGCUAAAAUUUGAUUGUGGUUAGUGUUUUAAUACAUUGUUACAAUGGUCUGUCCCCAUUCUUGAUCAAACAUAAAAAUUUGUGAUUCUCCAUAAUUGCUUACCAAAAACUCUGAAGUAGGAAAUAACUUACUUGCUGAUAAUAGCCCUCAUAUUGUCUUGAUUUCAUUCUAAUGAGUUAGUGUUUGUCCACUUGUACAAAAACAUUCAUGCAUGUGUGUCGUACAGAAUAUCCCUUUAAAAUAUCCUGUUUACCAAUACUAUUCCCUUCCCAACUAAAUGGUGCAGAACAAGUAUAUUAAGCCUCAAAAGAGUACAGAAAUGUAUAAUAUGCAAUAAAAGAAGUAAAGAAAAGUAAA